AGCUCAUGUUGUUUAACAUAAGGCUUUCCUCAUCUUACUACUUCCUCCGAACAAGUUGAAUCUCUCUGUGUCUCUCUAUCUCUCUCUCUCAAAACCCUAACCCUUUGUCCCUUACAGAUUCUUUGGCUAUUCGAUCAGGUGAAGAAAUGGAAACCUGCACUUCAUUGAAAUAAAACAUUGUGAAUUCAGAUAUUCGUAGUCUCGAUUCUGACGAGGAUCAACUUUGGGAAACUUACUCAUUUUAGCCAAAACAAAAAAACAAAAAAACAAAAUAGCUAUCUCGUAUUCACAUGGUCGGAAAUUGAGAACAUAAUAAAACACUUCCUCAACUAUGAAUAACCUUGCAAUCCUCACAGCAGCUUGGGUAAUGAUGUUUUAUGAGUGUAGCAUGUGGGGUUUCAUUAUUGAAGAAUCAAGCCUUUUUGACAGUCCCCUAGAUGUCGGGUAUCUCUUGCAAAUUUAUAGGCAUUUUCGUUUGUUGUGAAAAAGUUGGUUUAAUCUAUUCACGCUUGCUUCAAGUUGCCAAACCCAUUUAUAGCUGAUUUCCCCUGUAAACGUUAUAACUGUGUGGUCCUUGAUUACCUCACUACUAAAUCAUGUGAUGGGUGUACUUUGAAAUGAGUGAUCGGACUUGGGGAUGGUUAAGGUGCUAAUCAAUUUUUGCCUUCCCCUCCUAAUAUUUUUUGCAAUGCUGCUCACUCAAGAAUAGGAAUGUUAUGGUUUUUAAGUCCAAUAAUGAUUUUUCUGCUUUUCCCCAAUUUUGCCAGACAUCUACUUUUGCAUUUAAUUUAUGCAACAGGAUUCAAAUACUGUUUCGUUGAAGAUUGUUAUUCCAUAUUUACUUAAAAUGCCUCUAUUGUCUUUUUUCUAGGUCCCUGAAACUUCAUCUCUUCAAAUUUGUGACAUGAAUGUCACUUGUUAUCCUUGGUCGGUGGCAGGGUCAUUUCUGAUUGCAUUAAGAUUUUCUAUUUCAUGCUUUAUAAGAAUUUAAGCGUGAUUAGAUCCUUUUAUCAAUCCCGGGAGGCCAUUAGUGUACUCAUUUCUGUUCAUAGGCUCCCUCAUUCAGGAAUCUUCAGCACUAUGAGAGAAGUUAAUAUAAAAGGUGCUUCUAGUUUGUCUAGUGUUGUAUCUGAUGGAAAAUCUGAAAUCCCACAAACUGUAUCUGUUAGUCAGCAUACGGGAAAGUCACCCUUAAAUGUACAAUCCACCCCUGAAAUCGAAAAGAGGUAUGUGCAUCAUGUUUAUGAUGCUAUUGCUCCCCAUUUCAGUUCAACCCGGUUUGCAAAGUGGCCAAAAGUGGCCACCUUUUUAUCAUCCUUGCCUUCAGGAUCCCUCAUUCUCGAUGCAGGAUGUGGUAAUGGUAAAUACUUGGGUCUGAAUCCUGAUUGCUUUUUCAUAGGAAAUGAUAUAAGUGCUCCCCUUAUCAAAAUUUGUGCGGAUAGAGGGCAUGAGGUUCUGGUUGCAGAUGCAUUAAAUCUUCCAUACAGAACUAAUUUUGGUGAUGCAACAAUCUCUAUUGCUGUAUUACAUCAUCUAAGUACAGAGACUAGGAGAAAAAAAGCAAUUGAAGAAUUAGUUAGAGUUGUCAAAAAGGGGGGCCUGGUUCUUAUAACCGUUUGGGCUGCAGAACAAGAGGAUAGAUCAUUGGUUGCCAAAUGGACUCCACUUACAGAAAAGUAUGCUGAAGAGUGGAUAGGACCAGGUAGUCCUCAUGCUCGUAGCCCUUCGUCCUUAUUGUUACAAAGCAUCCCUGAAAGUGAGGAGAAUGGUUCAGGAGAGAAUGUGAAAGAUUCCAAGGAGUGUUCAAUGGAGAAGAUGCAUGAAAUCAUUCAUCUUGCAUCUCAAAGUAACAAUGAUUCAGUUACCUUUAAACAUGAAAAGAAUACCAACAGUCAACAGGAGUAUUUUGUUCCUUGGCACCUACCCUAUCAUCGUGCUGAAGUAAGUGGUGUUUCUGCUUCUGCUGUUGCAAAUGGUCUGGCUAAGAAAGAUGAUAAGAAGGGUGCUGUAGUCUACAACAGAUAUUAUCAUGUUUUCAGUGAAGGCGAGCUUGAAAGGUUAGUAUCUGGUAUGGACAAUGUAGUCAUCGUUGAUCGGUUUUAUGACAAAUCAAACUGGUGUAUCAUUCUUGAGAAAAUUCUAUGACAAAUCAAACUUGAUAUCUUGCUGAGAAAAAUGGAAUUAUAUAUGUGAAACGGUUGAUCUUUUCUGCAAGGGGAUGGGCUGCUUUGCAAAAUUUUGGGCCUCACAAGUUGACCCAUGUGCACCAACCACAGGAAAUUAGUGGUUAUGAUGCUCGAAUGACUGUUUCUUUCAUCUGUGGUGAAGGCUUGGUUCCAUUUUGGAGUUGGGGAAACACCUAAAGUCUUGUAUAUGUGAUUUGUAGUCGAGGGUUUGUUUUUGUUUGUUGUUUCUACUUUUUGCUUUUUGUUUUUGACACAGAGAGCACCCUGGACUGGAGGUUAUUAAGCAUUGGUACUCAAAGGGAUGUAUAUCAUGUAUUUUACCAUUACAUGGGGAGUUUGGGUAAUUCAAUGUAUUUUAACCAUGCAUUGUUUAAGCUA